CGAAAGCGCUGCGGGCAAGGUGCUCAAAAUGCUACGUCUUUUCCUGGUACAGGUCCUGCUGUUGUCAAGUGCGCAUGCAUCUUCGCAGACUAUCACCGAGCUUCAUCAAGUUUCAACAGAAGAAUUCGUCACCAAAGAUAGCACAUCUGGCAGCGCCGUCACCGUGGGGACGCCACAGGUACAUGGAUAUCGGACGUCAUCGACCGUGACGUCAUCAGCCCUUGGCCCUAUAAAUUCGGCACCACACCCGUGCGUCUUCAGUGGGCACGGCGAAAGCGCUGCGGGCAAGGUGCUCAAAAUGCUACGUCUUUUCCUGGUACAGGUCCUGCUGUUGUCAAGUGCGCAUGCAUCUUCGCAGACUAUCACCGAGCUUCAUCAAGUUUCAACAGAAGAAUUCGUCACCAAAGAUAGCACAUCUGGCAGCGCCGUCACCGUGGGGACGCCACAGGUCCUGCUGUUGUCAAGUGCGCAUGCAUCUUCGCAGACUAUCACCGAGCUUCAUCAAGUUUCAACAGAAGAAUUCGUCACCAAAGAUAGCACAUCUGGCAGCGCCGUCACCGUGGGGACGCCACAGGUACAUGGAUAUCGGACGUCAUCGACCGUGACGUCAUCAGCCCUUGGCCCUAUAAAUUCGGCACCACACCCGUGCGUCUUCAGUGGGCACGGCGAAAGCGCUGCGGGCAAGGUGCUCAAAAUGCUACGUCUUUUCCUGGUACAGGUUAGUUAUGUGUGCACCAUACGAUCUGACGAUAGGUUUCUUGUUCUCCUGCCGUGCCCACGCACAUGUCUAGGCUGUGCCUAUAGCUGCUAUUGUUCAUGUAUGCUGCUUGUUUGUGGAGAUAUAGAAAUGAAUCCAGGCCCAACAGUUGACGAAAUGUUUCAGAGACUCAUUGAGGGGCAGAAAGACAUUAGGUCUCGUUUAGAGGCAACGGAAAGGGCACUGGGGAACUUUGGUGAUCGCUUGAAUAAGAUAGAGGCAAACAUAAAAGAUCUACAGAUGAAAACAGAUGGGAUUGACAACAUAAGCAAAGCUUUAAAUGGUGUGCAGGAUGCACUUACACGGCAUCAAGACAGACUCGAUGAUUUGGAAGAUAGAAGUCGGAGGUCAAAUUUAAUUGUUUUUGGCGUAAAGGAAGAUCCUAUUGAAUCAGAGUCAGACUUGCGCAGAAAAGUUAUCGAUGAUCUCUUUUCUGCUAAAUUGGGAGUGCAGUGUUCAUCUGUAGCUCGAAUCCAUAGACUGGGGAAAAGUUCUUCUAAUCGCCCUGUCAUAAUGUACUUUCAGGACUAUAGAGAAAAGCAAGCGGUCUGGAGCAAUGUAUCUAAACUAAAGGGAAAAAACAUUAGAAUCGAUAAUGACUACUGCGCGGAAACGUUGUGCAAACGAAAGCAUCUUUGGCAAAGUGCAAAACUUGAAAAAAAGGCUGGAAGUAAGAUUUCCUUGGUUUAUGACAAGUUGAAGAUCGAUGGGCGGUACUAUAAAUGGGAUGCUGCUCUAAACUCUAGAACAUUGAUAGAGCGCAACAACAGAUCCUUAUUUGAAAGCUAACGGCCAGAUACGUCCGAUGUGCGGUUAGUUUCUUUCAAUGCAAGAAGCAUUGUGAACAAAAAAGAUAAACUGGAAGAUUGUUUGCACUCUUUGGAUCCGCACGUGUGUGUCAUAACUGAAACCUGGCUACACGACCAAAUAAGUGACGAUGACAUAGUCCCACCAGGUUAUCGGUUAUAUCGGCGGGACCGAGGAUCUAGAGGGGGUGGUGUUGCUGUGGUUGUUAAAUCCUUUGUCGAUGUUGACGUAGAAAGCCAGAUUGCUGAGCAUGAAAGCCUUUUUUUGAAAAUCAAAGUGAAGGAAACGGCGUUUUAUUUGUGUGCAGUUUAUCGUGCUCCAGACACUGAUGAAAGCUUUUUGAGUAAAUUGUAUGACCGUUUGUUGUUGUUACGAAAUAAGAAUGUUAUUGUAACGGGUGACUUUAAUUUGCCUUUAAUAAAUUGGAACAAUUUGUC